GUGAGUGAGAGUGUGUGUGUGUGUGUGUGUGUGUGUGUGUGUGCACGUCCUGAGGGGGAGGAGCCAGAGGACGGCGGUGUUUGGUUCUGUUUCCUGUCUGGGAGGAAACGUUGAACGUCUGAGAGAUGUGAAGCUGAAGGAUCAGAGGAGCUGUCACUCAAACCAGGACCACGCCCCCCACCACCACCAGCAGCCAAUCGGCAUGCAGACUGGAGGUAAACGCAGACCAUCAUGCACCUGAAGUCGUAUCCGAAGCUGGUUCGCUCAGAGUUGCGUUUGGAUUCGUCCGGUGUUCAGACGUCUCAAUGCAGCAGCCUGUUUGUGAGGACCUACAGCGGUAACCAUGGCAACGUCAGCAGCAGCCGCCUCCCGCUCAGCGUCAUCUCCACCAACGCGCUGCGCCGCAGUAACGCCACCAACAACAGCGUGAGCAGCAGCGUGGCGUCGCUGCGGCUGAAAGCUCCGCCGAGCGCCGCCCUGCAUCUUCAGCCACCGCCAGUCUCCGAGAGCGAGGCUCUCCGACUGCACCGGACCACCGCGGAGGACGCCGACGCCCCGCUGGACAUCUGGACCGUCAUCAGGCCUGGACACGUCCAGGAGAAGAUCGCCAUCUUUGCUUCAGACACCGAGCGCACAGACGGCGCCGGCAACGAGCGCACCUCAACCGGCAGCUCGGACGACUGCGACAGCACGCCGGCGGUGUGUUUGAACCACGGCGCCAUUACGGGACUGUCCCGGGCCGGGAAGGCCAAAGGAAGCUGGGAGGAAAACUGCAGCGCCAAACGGCGCCGCAGAUCGGGAAACAGCCCGAACCACCAGCAACCCACCCGGGUCCAGGACACACCGCCACCGUCCCCACAGCGCCACGACUCGCCUCAGCAGUGUGGCGGCGAGGCGGCGGUGACGGAGGAGGAGGAGGAGGAGGAGCAGAAGGUGUCGGUGGUGGACAUGGUGGCGUUCCUGGAGCAGAGAGCUAGCGAGCAGCAGCCAGACUCCAAACCUCUGCUCGCCCUCCAGAGGAGCUCCACCACCAUCACGCUGUCAAGAGCUCCGCCCCCCGAGGUCAGGGGGGAGGAGCCGGAGAGCGUCAGCGUGUCGGACAUGGUGGCCAAGCUGGAGUCUGAGUGUCUGAAGAGGACGGGGGGAGAUCUGUCGAGGAGCAACAGCCUGAGGAGGACGGUGGGACGCGUCCUGCUCGCCGCCGGGGACCAGAGCCCCGCCCCGUAUCAGCCGUCAUCGAUGACAUCGUCAUCACUGCCGAUAGCGCAGAGUGAUAGCAGGGAGCCAACCAGCUGCUCAGAACCUGCUCUGACCACGCCCCCUUCAGGUGAGACCGGAGGGGCGGAGCCACGGAGCCCUGUCACAGAGACUCUGACAGAAGCCCCACCUCUUCUGGCUAAGGAGGCGGAGCCUCUGCCAGGCUUGUUGUUUUUGUCUCGGCCUCCUGCUUCACAGCCCCGCCCCCCUCAUCCCACAAUGACCUUUGACCUGGAGCCUGCCCCAUCUAAGCCCCGCCCCUCUCCUGCUGCCUGUGACCCUGGCAGCCAAUCAGAGAAGAAGAGGAGGAGGAAGGCAGACAGAGCUCAGGAGGAGGUUGUGGGUGCGACUCUGUGCUCUACCGUUGUGCUCCUGGGCCGGAGUGCGUCGGCGUCGCAGGACUUCCUGUUGAUGCGUCAGCGUCUGCAGCAGCUUCUGGAGCCGCAGCCGUUCCUCGCCGCGCUGCCGCACCACCUGCUGCUGAAGAUCCUCCUGCUGCUGCCGACGCAGAGCCUCGCCGCGCUCAAGUGCAGCUGCCGCUACUUCCGGUUCAUCAUCGACAACUACGGCGUGCGGCCCGCCGACUCGCUCUGGGUGUCUGACCCCCGUUACCGUGACGACCCCUGCAAGCAGUGCAAGAGGCGUUACGGCCGCGGCGACGUGUCGCUGUGCCGCUGGCACCACAAGCCGUACUGCCAGGCGCUGCCCUACGGACCCGGGUACUGGAUGUGUUGCCACGGCGCCCGCAGGGACGCACCCGGCUGCAACGUGGGUCUCCAUGACAACCGCUGGGUGCCGGCGUUCCACAGCAUCAACGUGCCGAUUUACAGGAGGAGCUGCCACGAUGACUGACUCUCUGUGUGUGUGUGUGUGUGUGUGUGUGUGUGUGUGUGUGUGUGUGUGUGUGUGUGUGUGUGUGUGUGUGUGUGUGUGUGUGUGUGUGUGUGUGUGUGAGAGAGAGAAACAGGUCACUGAUACUGACAUAAACUACAGCUCCCAUCAUGCAGCAGGUCAGAGCUCUGUGUGUGGAACAUUGAACGUGUCCUAUUUAAAGAAGAGUCUAAAAGUGACCUUUGACCUGCUGCUUCAGGAUGUCGCUCAGAGUGACGCCUCCUGCUGCUCCUCCGUCUCCUCACAGCUCCAUCACCUGAUCUGAGCCGGAAGAGGAGGAGUCUCGGACAGGACCUCCUCCUCUUCCUCCUCCUCUUCACUGCUGCUUUAACUCAAACUGGUUUCUGAUCAAUCAUCAUCAGAUAUAAACACAUAUUUAAUAUUUAUGAAUCAGAUCAGACCUGUUGAGCCGAGUCUUCAUCUUCAUCAUGAUGAAGACUCAGAUCACAGAUGUUUGUAGUUUAAACUUGAAGCAGUUUGAUGAUCGAUCAGCUGUUUUAAACUGAUCCCUGAUCAUCUGCUGACAUUAAUCAAUGAUCAUAACGAUCUGUGAGGAGGCGGGGCUUCAGAGGAGAGGCCACAUUUAUCUGCACCUUGUUAGUGUUUACACUUGUACAUAAAUCAUAGAGUUUAAAGGAAACAUGAACUUCAAUCAGCUGAUCGAUAAUCACCUGUUCUCAUGGUUAGAAGGGAAAAGAGGAAACGUGGCCUUGAGUCUGGAGACGCUGCAAUAUCACAGAUUAUAUAUCCCAUAAUAUGAGGGGAGAACAGACAGACGGUUUUUAAGGUUGGUGUGUCUGCUGGCUGUUUGCUUCCUGUUGCUUUAAUAAAGUGCUUUCUCAUCACAGACUCCUCUCAUUU